AUGGCCUACUACGAGGAUGGAGGCGAAGGAGGCCGAUUUGGAAAGAAUUUCGACGGUCCAGUCGGACCUCGCAGACCACGACUCGUCACUGAUUAUGGUUCUUCGAUGGUACAAUGGAUGCGCACGCGGCAACCGCGAUACAAAGGAGGAUAUCGACUAGAAGCAGAGCGACCGAGCCCCAGCUUUGCGGUCGAUGUUCUUCCCCCAAUGGCGCGACCAUAUUCGGCUGUCGAUACUAUUCCCGUCCGACACCUGCACCAAUCGAUCGGAAAAUCAAAGAAACCUAUCGUCGUAGUGCGAUGGACCCCUGAGGGAAGAAGGCUGUUGACCGGCGGUCAUACGGGAGAGUUUAUGCUCUGGAAUGGAACAGCAUUCAAUUUCGAGACGGUGAUGGACGCACACUAUGAUCAAAUCCAAGCCGGUGUCACAUCACUAGCAUGGGCUCAUAGUCAGGAUUGGCUGGUUUCCGGCGGACAAAGAGGAGACAUCAAGUACUGGCGACCCAACUUCAACAACGUCGAAACGAUUGAUGACGCCCACCACGAUGCUGUUCGCGAUCUGUCCUGGGCACCCAGCGAUACCAAAUUCCUUUCUGCUUCCGAUGACACAACACUCAAGAUCUUCGACUUUACCACCCGAACCGCUGACACCACUCUGACCGGACACAACUGGGAUGUCAAGUCCUGUGACUGGCACCCAACCAAGGGUCUGAUUGUUUCCGGAUCGAAGGACCACCAGGUCAAAUUCUGGGACCCACGCACCGGUCGAUGCUUGACUACCCUUCACAGCCACAAAAACACGGUCACUUCCACGCGGUUCUCGCGGGUGAAUAGCAAUCUUCUUGCUACCUCAUCACGGGACCAGACUGCGAGGGUAUUUGAUCUGCGCAUGAUGCGCGAUAUUUGCAUUCUGCGGGGCCACGAGAAGCCGGUUUCUUCAUUGACAUGGCACCCCAUCCACAGCAACCUGAUUUCGACUGGUGCCGAGGACGGUUCUCUCUACCACUAUCUACUCGACGAGCCGAACCUGCCCAGCGGCCAGAUUCCUACUGUGGCGCCAUAUGACAGCCCGGACCCAGCCAACACCCCGCCGCAGGUGAUCUACCCAGCACAUCGGGUUCAAUACGCUCACGGAGCUACGAUUUGGUCAUUAGACUGGCACCCGUUGGGUCAUAUCCUUGCAUCUGGAUCCAAGGAUAACUUCACUCGUUUCUGGUCACGAACUCGACCGGGUGAGACUAGUUACAUGAAAGACCGUUUCCACAUCGGCGAAGAAGCAGCCGAAGCUCAAGGAACAUGGAACCGUGGAUUUGGCCGGAAACAGAUGCGGGAUGACGAGGAGCAAGAGAUGCAGGACGAAGCCGACAGUUUGGUUGACCAACGACGCCCAGGUGCUUCCGCUCUGCCAGGUAUCCAAAGUGCGCCGCCGGCCGGCUCUCAGCCUGACGGCCCAGGCUUGCUACCUGGUAUUGGCAAUGCCCUGCCUCCGCCACCUGGCGUUAUGAGUGGGAUGAAUCCGGAUCGUUUGGCUGCGCUCAUGUCAACCCAGCAACAGCCAUCUCAAUCAAAUACACCAAAUCCCGGAAUGCCUGGACUUUCUAUGCCGGGUAUGAAUGGAGCUCCGCCGAUGAACAUGGAUCUGGUACAAUUGCAAAAGCAGCUCCAAGGGUUCCCCAUGCCACAAAACCUUAAUCUGCAAGCCAUGGCAAACAAUCCAGGCUUCCCUGGUGGAUUUGGCGGAUUGCCUGGUCUGGGCGGUCACAUGCCAGAAGCAAAUCAGAGGCGGUGA